GCUCCACUCCGCUCGGCUCGGCACAGCUCCUCGAGCAUUCGACGGGAAUUUCUUCGCGGAGGCCCGAUCUCUCGCGGCCAGAAAAACCGAACCGAAACUCAUACCAAAAACCACCCUCGUGUGGGUGGCGGUGGUGGUGCGCGACGAAGUGCGCGAUUGCAAAUUCUCCUUUCCGCGAGAUCGAGCGCGCAAAUUGAGAAUUUGCUGAUUUUCGUGACGAAGUGAAGUGUUGCCUCGAGGUAUCGGGGCGCGUGCGCGAGGGACAUCGGCAAACGGUCUGGGUGCCCUCCGGCCAGCAGUGGGUGAUUGUCCGUGCUCCACGACGGAUUGAGCGCACCCCGACGUCGGCACCGCCAUCGUCUCGUCGCCGCUCGUCGUCCUCGUCCUCGUCCUCGAGAGGAAGAGACCGGCAGGGUCUGCAGGAGUGCGCCGGGUAGCAGCGGGGAGCAUGCCGACCAUGCGAGACCGUGCAUGACCAUCCGCCUAGAGCGUCGAUAAGGGUUGCCACGCAGUGACACGCAACCCCGUACGCGUAUACACGUACGAGCGCGGAGAGCUGACAGAGGAAGCUCGUCGCGUGGAAGCGUGCCGAAGGGAUGGCCGACAGCGAGGGUGGCUCCGAGCAGGACGACGUAUCGUUCCUCCGCACGGAGGAUAUGGUAUGUCUGUCCUGCACCGCGACAGGCGAAAGAGUCUGCCUGGCAGCCGAGGGUUUCGGCAACCGACACUGCUUCCUCGAAAAUAUCGCCGACAAGAACAUACCGCCAGACCUGUCGCAAUGCGUGUUCGUGAUAGAGCAGGCUCUCUCGGUGAGAGCGUUGCAGGAGCUUGUCACCGCUGCAGGCUCCGAGACGGGAAAGGGCACCGGGUCAGGACACAGGACCUUGUUAUACGGUAACGCUAUAUUGCUGCGGCAUCUAAACAGCGACAUGUAUUUGGCGUGCCUGUCCACGAGUUCGUCGAACGAUAAGCUUGCCUUCGAUGUCGGUCUACAGCAGCACUCUCAUGGUGAGGCGUGCUGGUGGACUGUACAUCCUGCCUCCAAGCAGAGAUCCGAGGGUGAGAAGGUGCGCGUGGGUGACGAUCUUAUCCUGGUGUCCGUUGCCACCGAGCGAUACUUGCACACGACAAAGGAGAAUGAUUUGUCGGUGGUUAACGCAUCUUUUCACGUGACUCAUUGGUCAGUACAGCCAUAUGGCACAGGUAUCAGCAGGAUGAAGUACGUCGGUUACGUCUUUGGUGGCGACGUGUUGAGAUUCUUCCAUGGUGGCGACGAGUGCUUGACAAUACCGUCUACUUGGAGCCCGGCGCCCAGUCAAAACCUCGUAAUUUACGAGGGCGGUAGUGUGAUGAGUCAAGCGAGAUCACUAUGGAGAUUGGAGCUCGCCAGAACGAAAUGGGCGGGCGGCUUUAUCAAUUGGCUGCAUCCUAUGAGAAUCAGGCACCUGACGACGGGACGUUAUCUCGGCGUGAAGGAGAACAACGAGCUCUACCUGGUCGAUAGGAAUGAAGCGACAAUCGAAACCUCGACUUUCUGGCUGCGGCAGGAAAAAGACGAUCAGAAAAUCGUUCUCGAGGACAAGGAUCUGGAAGUUAUCGGACUGCCGAUUAUCAAGUAUGGUGACUCUACCGUUAUUAUGCAACACGCCACCACGUGCCUCUGGGUGUCUUAUAAAUCAUACGAGACGAAGAAGAAGGGUGUCGGAAAAGUCGAAGAGAAGCAGGCGGUACUCCACGAAGAGGGUAAGAUGGACGACGGGUUGGAUUUCUCUAGAUCUCAAGAGGAAGAAUCUCGCACUGCCCGCGUUAUCAGGAAGUGCAGCAGCUUGUUCACUCAAUUCAUCACAGGCCUAGAAACGCUGCAGGUGAACAGGAGAGCGUCCAUGUUUUUUCAAAACGUGAAUCUUAAUGAGAUGGUAAUGUGUCUCGAGGACUUGAUCAAUUAUUUCGCUCAACCCGAGGAUGACAUGGAACACGAAGAAAAGCAGAACAAGUUCCGCGCGCUCAGAAAUCGUCAGGAUCUGUUCCAAGAAGAGGGUAUACUGAAUCUCAUUCUUGAAGCCAUCGACAAGAUCAACGUGAUCACAUCGCAAGGAUUCCUCGUCGCUCUUUCCGGCGAUGAGAGCGGCCAGGCUUGGGAUCAGAUAUCUGGAUACCUCUACCAGUUGCUGGCAGCUAUUAUCAAGGGCAAUCACACCAACUGCGCCCAAUUCGCCAACAGCAACCGUCUCAAUUGGUUGUUUAGUCGAUUGGGCUCGCAGGCUUCGAGCGAAGGAACCGGGAUGUUGGAUGUACUUCACUGUGUCCUGAUUGAUUCUCCAGAGGCUUUGAACAUGAUGAGGGACGAGCACAUCAAAGUAAUUAUUUCCCUGCUGGAGAAGCACGGCAGAGAUCCGAAAGUCCUGGACGUUUUGUGCUCGUUGUGCGUCGGUAACGGCGUCGCGGUGCGAUCUUCACAGAAUAAUAUUUGCGACUUUUUACUACCCGGGAAAAAUCUACUUCUCCAAACGCAACUGGUGGACCACGUGGCUAGUAUCAGACCGAAUAUAUUCGUCGGCAGAGUGGAGGGCUCGGCUCUUUAUCAAAAGUGGUAUUUCGAGGUGACUGUGGAUCACAUCGAACAGACGACUCACAUGAUGCCGCACUUGAGAAUCGGAUGGGCGAACACCGCUGGUUACAUGCCGUAUCCCGGCGGGGGCGAGAAAUGGGGAGGAAACGGAGUCGGCGACGAUUUGUAUUCAUUCGGAUUCGACGGCGCUUAUCUGUGGACCGGCGGUAGAAAGACGCAGGUGGUCCAGAACGCCACCGAACCCUACAUCAGGAAGAGCGACGUGAUCGGCUGCGCCCUGGACCUUACGGUACCAGUGAUAACAUUUACUUUCAACGGCACCCGCAUCAUGGGUUCCUUCCGAAACUUCAAUCUGGAUGGCAUGUUCUUCCCCGCCAUCAGUUGUUCGUCCAAACUCUCCUGCAGAUUUCUGCUGGGUGGCGAUCACGGCCGACUAAAGUUCCAGCCGCCAGAUGAGUUCUCGCCGUUAGUGGAGAGUCUCUUGCCGCAACAGAUCCUGUCGCUGGAUCCGUGCUUCUACUUUGGCAACAUGAACAAGGUGGUCCUAGCGGGUCCGUGGCUGGUCGAGGAUGAUACCGCCUUCGUCCCGGCUCCAGUCGACACCUCGAUGGUCAACCUGCCCGCCUAUGUCGAGCAGAUCAGAGACAAACUGGCGGAGAACAUCCACGAGAUGUGGGCGAUGAAUAAGAUCGAGGCUGGUUGGAUCUACGGCGAGGUCAGGGAUGACCUCAGGAAGAUUCAUCCCUGCAUAGUACAGUUCGAACGACUGCCGGCCGCGGAGAAGCGAUACGACACCCAGUUAGCUGUGCAGACUCUGAAGACCGUUCUGGCCCUGGGCUAUUACAUCACCAUGGAUAAGCCACCGUCUAGGAUAAAAACUCUAAGGCUGCCGAACGAGCCGUUUUUGCAAAGCAGCGGUUACAAACCGGCGCCGCUUGACCUGUCCGCGAUCAACUUAACUCCUAAGAUGGAGGAGCUCGUUGACCAGCUCGCGGAAAAUACGCACAAUCUCUGGGCGAAGGAGAGGAUCAGUCAAGGAUGGACGUACGGACUGAACGAGGACUCGGAAAUGAGGAGGAGUCCUCAUUUGGUACCUUAUCCAAAGGUCGACGAAGCUAUCAAGAAGGCUAACCGGGAUACAGCCAGUGAGACCGUCAGAACUCUUCUCGUUUAUGGAUACAUGCUUGAUCCGCCUACUGGAGAACAGCACGAGGCAUUGCUUUUGGAGGCCAGCAGGUUACGACAAUUAUCCUUCAGGACUUACAGGGUCGAGAAGCAUUACGCGGUCAGCAGUGGAAAAUGGUAUUUCGAGUUCGAAGUUCUCACAGCCGGACCGAUGCGAGUGGGUUGGGCAAAAGCCGACUGCAUGCCAGGAAAUAUGCUGGGCAGUGACGAAAGUACUUGGGCAUUUGAUGGUUACAACGUGACCAAAGUACACGCUGGCACCCACGAGUCAUUUGGUCACAAAUAUCAAGUGGGCGACAUAGUUGGAUGUUUCAUUGACGUGGCAGACCGAACGAUCAGCUUCUCUUUGAACGGAGAACUGCUGAUGGACGCACUCGGCGGAGAAACUUCUUUCGCCGAUGUGCAAGGGGACUCUUUCGUGCCCGCAUUCACCCUCGGCGUUGGUCAGAAGGCCAGAUUAACGUUCGGCCAGGAUGUGAACACCCUCAAGUUCUUCACCACCUGUGGUUUGCAGGAGGGCUACGAACCGUUCUGCGUAAACAUGAACCGUCUAGUCACGUAUUGGUACACGAAGGAUCAGCCCAUCUUCGAAAAUACCGACGAUAUGGCGGAUACGCGAAUCGACGUGGCCAGGAUACCAGCCGGAUCCGACACGCCGCCAUGCCUGAAGAUCUCACACAACACGUUCGAGACCAUGGAGAAGGCGAACUGGGAGUUUCUCAGAUUAUCGUUGCCCGUGAUCUGUCAGUCCAGUUUCAUAACGGAGGGUGAAAAGCUGCGUAGAUGGCAGGAAAUCAAAAUGCGACAGAACAGAUUGCUAGCCGAGCAGGUUGAGCAAGCGCAUCAGGCCGCACCGUCCGCUCACUUAGAACAGAUUAUGAAAUCGGGCUUCAGCAUGAGCGAUAUCAAAGGAUUGCAAAGGAAUUAUUCAGAGGAUGCGGCCGAAGCGGACGAGAUGCUGAAAGAAUCGCCGCUCCCUAUGCAAAGGGGCAAACCCGCCAGACCGCCGAGAAAAGGGUCUCUUUAUGGAUCACGUUUGGACAACGCGAUCAGCGAUGCUGAAAUGAAUGGAUAUGGCGAGAUGAACGGCGAUAUAAAAGAUGACAAGAAGAAACGCGGUCGUUCGCCUUUCCGCAAGCUUAGCAAAGAAAUGGAGGAUAUACAAUUCUUUUCGCGCAAAGCGAAAUCGCCGGAUGCAAAAUCAAAAACUCCCGAGCCGCAAGUUCGUUCGGACAUCUCGGACAAGAGUACGAGAACAGUCGGGAGCAAAAGUGGCAAAACUCCUCAAAUUCGUGUUUCAACUACGGACUUGAAAGUUGUGCCGCCUCAGAUCCCGGAACGCAACGUUCCCAAGGCGAUGUCCGUAUUAACCGGAAGCGGGGUGGAAGCGAUCGGCAACGAGAUCUUCGACACUGAAUGCAUGAAACUAAUGAACGAAUACUUCUAUGGUGUUAGGAUAUUUCCCGGUCAAGAUCCGACUCAUGUCUAUGUUGGCUGGGUUACUUCGCAAUAUCACUUACAUACGAAAGAUUUUAAUCUGUCUCGCGUGAGGAAAUCCUCGAUUGCCAUCAUAGACGAAUACGAUCGUCUCAUGGAGCAAGUCGACAGACAAAGCUGCUACAUGGUUCGGGCGGACGAAUUGUAUAACGAGGUCACCCAGGAUGCAUCGGGCAAGGGUGCAUCUCAAGGUAUGUUCGUCGGAUGCUUCGUUGAUACCGCCACCGGCUGGGUAUCCUUCACCUGCGAAGGCAAGGAAACGAGUCACAAGUUCAAGAUGGAACCGAACACGAAGCUGUUUCCGGCCAUCUUCGUCGAAGCCACCAGCAAGGAGAUUCUGCAAAUCGAACUUGGCAGGACUUCGACGACGCUUCCGCUCUCAGCCGCCGUGCUGCAAAAUUCUGAACGACAUGUGAUACCGCAAUUUCCGCCCAGAUUGAAAGUACAAUGUCUGAAGCCGCACCAGUGGGCCAGAGUGCCUAAUCAGUCUCUUCAGGUUCACGCCCUGAAACUGUCCGAUAUCAGAGGCUGGUCUAUGCUCUGUGAGGACGCAAUUUCGAUGCUGGCUCUUCAUAUACCAGAGGAAGACAGAUGCAUCGAUAUUCUGGAGCUUAUCGAAAUGGACAAGCUUCUCAGUUUCCACGCGCACACGCUGACACUAUACGCGGCUCUGUGCUACCAAUCGAAUUACCGAGCCGCACACGCCUUGUGUCAGCACGUCGAUCAGAAGCAAUUAUUAUAUGCGAUACGAGCCGAAUACAUGUCCGGACCCCUGCGACAAGGAUUUUACGAUUUACUUAUCGCCCUGCACCUCGAGUCACAUGCGACGACGAUGGAAGUAUGCAAGAACGAGUAUAUAAUACCACUUGGCCAGGAAUUAAAGGAUUUGUACGAGAAUUCCGAGAUGAGGCACAGUCUCAGAUAUUUGGAGACCGAGUCUAUCCGGCCGCAGAUGAAGAUGACGGAAAUCAGCGAUCAAGCGAUCGAGAACAUACGGAACCUGUACAGCCCGCACUUUCCACUCGACGUCGUACGGGAUUACGUGAUGAUGGCGCUCAACGAAGCCGUCGAAGUGAAUCAGGUGCACAACCGAGAUCCGAUCGGAGGCAGCAACGAAAAUCUCUUUCUACCUCUCUUGAAACUGGUAGAUAGAUUGCUCCUAGUGGGCAUGCUAAGGAACGAAGAUAUAUUCAAGCUGCUCAUCAUGAUAAAUCCAGAAACGUGGGAUCCGACUUUCGAUAAAGAAGGUAAAGACGAGCAUAAGAAAGGCUUACUGCAUAUGAAGAUGGCUGAGGGUGCUAAAUUACAAAUGUGCUAUCUGCUUCAUCACUUAAACGACAUCCAAUUGCGCCAUCGCGUCGAGUCUAUCAUCGCCUUCGCCUCUGACUUUUGCGGAGAACUGCAGGCCGAUCAAUUGCGACGUUACAUCGAGAUUAAACAGUCGGAUUUACCGUCAGCAGUCGCCGCUAAGAAGACCAGAGAAUUCAGAUGUCCUCCGCGCGAGCAGAUGAACGCGAUUUUGAGCUUCAAGAAUCUGGACUCCGAGGAAGAUCCGGAGAAUUGCCCGUGCGGCGAGGAUCUGAUCGUGAAGAUGAACGAGUUCCACAACGAGCUGAUGUCCUAUGUGUCGUUGACCGCUCUUCAGGAAGCUGCCAAUGCCGCGAACGAGUUGACCGAGGAAAUUCAAAAACCGGGCGCCAUGAAACGCCUCUUCAACUUCAUCAACGCUGUCAAGGAGCUCGAGGAGGAAAUGAAACUUGAGACUGAACCCGCGAAGAAAACUCCGGAAGAGGUGUUUCGCAAGGUGCUGAUAUCGACCAUCGUAAAUUGGGCUGAAGAGUCGCAAAUUGAGACACCGAAACUCGUACGGGAGAUGUUCAGCCUGUUAGUCAGACAAUACGACACCGUGGGCGAGUUGAUCAGAGCCUUAGAGAAGACCUACGUCGUCAACAACAAGACCAAAGAUGACGUCGCGCUAAUGUGGGUCGGUUUAAGUCAGAUUCGCGCGUUGCUGCCAGUGCAGAUGUCUCAGGAGGAGGAGGAACUGGUUCGAGAGAGAUUGUGGAAGCUAGUGAACAAUCACACCUUCUUUCAGCAUCCCGAUCUCAUCAGGGUGCUGAGGAUUCACGAAAACGUGAUGGCCAUCAUGAUGAAUACUCUGGGAAGACGCGCCCAGGCGCAAUCCGACGCUCAGACUCAGGCUCAAGCCGCCGAGGGAGAACCGGCGUCGAAGGAGAAGGACACGUCGCACGAGAUGGUCGUGGCUUGCUGCAGAUUCCUGUGUUACUUCUGCCGUACGUCCAGACAGAAUCAAAAAGCCAUGUUCGACCAUUUUGACUUCCUGCUGGAGAACAGCAAUAUUCUGCUGGCGAGACCUUCGCUGCGAGGAUCAACGCCUUUGGACGUGGCUUAUUCAUCGCUGAUGGAGAACACCGAGCUGGCUCUAGCCUUAAGAGAACAUUAUCUGGAGAAGAUUGCUAUUUAUUUGUCGCGGUGUGGUCUGCAAUCUAAUUCGGAAUUGGUGGAAAAGGGCUAUCCUGACUUGGGCUGGGACCCCGUCGAGGGUGAACGCUACCUCGAUUUCUUGAGGUUCUGCGUGUGGGUCAACGGUGAAAGUGUGGAAGAAAAUGCCAAUUUGGUUAUCCGCCUGCUAAUCAGAAGACCGGAAUGUCUGGGUCCCGCUCUUCGAGGCGAAGGAGAAGGUCUGUUGAGAGCCAUCAUAGAAGCGAACAAAAUGUCCGAGCGCAUUGCUGACAGACGAAAAGUGCACGACGAGGCCGAAGGCACAGCCGUGGUAAUGCAAUUUGAGCAUCCCUUGCCAGAGUCGGACGAUGAUGAGGACUACAUAGACACGGGUGCGGCUAUCCUAAAUUUCUACUGUACUCUCGUCGAUUUGCUAGGCCGCUGUGCUCCGGAUUCAUCCGUCAUAGAGCAAGGAAAGAACGAAUCUCUUCGAGCUCGAGCGAUUUUAAGAUCAUUGGUACCUCUCGACGAUCUUCAAGGUGUGCUGUCCCUGCGAUUCACACUGCUCAAUCCCGCUGCUGGUGAGGAACGACCGAAAAGCGAUACGCCGUCCGGUUUGAUACCAGGGCACAAGCAAAGCGUUGUACUCUUCCUCGAGCGCGUUUAUGGUAUCGAAACGCAGGAACUGUUUUACAAAAUACUGGAGGAAGCUUUCUUGCCUGAUCUUCGCGCCGCUACCAUGCUCGACAGAAACGACGGCUACGAGUCCGACAUGGCGCUCGCCAUGAAUCGAUACAUAGGAAACAGUAUUCUGCCGUUACUUAUAAAACAUUCGAAGUUUUACAACGAAGCAGACAACUACGCGAGUUUACUCGACGCCACGUUGCACACUGUCUAUCGGCUGAGCAAAAACCGAAUGCUGACGAAGGGACAGCGCGAAGCCGUCUCGGACUUUCUCGUUGCGUUGACCAGCCAGAUGCAGCCAAGCAUGUUGCUGAAAUUGCUGCGAAAGCUGACUGUCGACGUGUCUAAAUUGUCGGAGUAUACCACUGUAGCUCUCAGAUUGUUAACAUUGCAUUAUGAGCGUUGCGCGAAAUAUUACGGAUCCACUGGUGGCCAAGGUGCUUACGGGGCAUCGAGCGACGAAGAGAAACGCCUCACGAUGGUCCUGUUCAGCAACAUAUUCGAUUCUUUAUCCAAAAUGGAUUACGAUCCGGAAUUGUUCGGAAAAGCGCUGCCUUGCCUGACGGCUAUCGGUUGUGCUUUGCCACCAGAUUAUUCUCUGUCAAAGAAUUACGACGACGAGUGGUACGGUAGCAAGUCAGCCUCAGCUCAAUCACCCGAUGGACCUUACAAUCCACAACCAAUCAAUACGUCCAGUGUGGUGCUCAAUAACGAUCUUAAUCAGAUAGUACAAAAAUUCUCCGAGCACUAUCACGAUGCCUGGGCCAGUCGCAAGUUAGAAAACGGUUGGACCUACGGCGAUCAGUGGUCAGAUAUAAACAAAACCCAUCCAAGAUUAAAGCCGUACAACAUGCUGAACGAUUACGAGCGCGAACGAUACAAGGAGCCUGUCAGAGAGAGUUUGAAAGCUCUUUUGGCGAUCGGUUGGAGCGUGGAACACGCGGAGGUCGAUGUACCGUCGACCAACCGCAGCUCCAUGAGGAGAUCUUCCAAGAGUCAAGGCGACUCUGCAAGUCCGUUUAAUUACAAUCCUCAUCCGGUGGAUAUGACUAAUCUAACGCUGAGCAGAGAGAUGCAGAACAUGGCCGAACGUCUGGCGGAUAAUGCUCACGAUAUCUGGGCCAAGAAGAAGAAAGAAGAACUCAUUACUUGCGGAGGUGGCAUUCAUCCUCAACUCGUGCCUUACGAUCUGCUGACCGACAAAGAGAAACGGAAGGAUCGCGAGCGAUCGCAAGAGUUCCUCAAGUACCUGCAGUAUCAAGGCUACAAGCUUCACAAACCUAAUCGCGGCGGUACGGAAACCGAAGUGGCCGGUGCUGCUGCCUCAGUGGAGCUGAGAUUCGCCUAUUCAUUGCUGGAGAAGCUGAUAGCUUAUCUGGACAAGGCGACGAUCAACAUGAAACUCUUGAGGCCUUCCGACACGUUCAGCCGCAGGAAUAGUUUCAAGACCUCCACCAGAGACAUUAAGUUCUUCAGUAAAGUAGUGCUGCCACUGAUGGAGAAAUAUUUCAGCACGCAUAGAAACUACUUCAUUGCUGUGGCCACCGCUACGAACAACGUCGGUGCGGCAUCCUUGAAGGAGAAGGAGAUGGUAGCCGCUCUGUUCUGCAAGCUGGCGAGUUUGCUGAGAUCGAGACUCGCCGCGUUCGGCGCGGACGUGAGGAUAACAGUUCGGUGUCUGCAAGUGCUCGUGAAAGGCAUAGAUGCUAAGAGUCUCGUGAAAAACUGUCCGGAAUUCAUCAGAACAUCCAUGUUAACUUUCUUCAACAAUACCGCCGACGAUCUGGGUCACACAAUUCUUAAUCUACAGGAGGGAAAAUACAGUCAUCUCAGAGGCACCCACUUGAAGACCUCCACGUCGCUAUCGUACAUCAAUAGCGUGGUCCUGCCAGUGCUCACUGCGAUGUUCGAUCAUCUUGCUGCGUGCGAGUACGGCAGCGACUUGUUGCUUGACGAGAUUCAAGUAGCGUCAUAUAAAAUGCUGGCGUCCCUGUACACUCUCGGGAUAGAUGCUACCCUGACGCAUGACAGAAAGUACCUGAAGACCGAGAUCGAGCGAAACAAACCUAAUCUGGGCUCCUGCUUGGGAGCUUUUUCGAGCUGCUUCCCAGUGGCUUUUCUGGAGCCGCAUUUGAACAAGCACAAUCAGUAUUCCCUUCUAAAUCGAAUCGCGGAUCAUUCUCUCGAAGCUCAGGAUAUCAUGACGAAAAUGGAAUCGAGCAUGCCAACCUUAGAGACGAUUCUCACCGAGGUGGAUCAAUUCGUCGAGUCCGAGAAGACCUACAACGACGCUCCUCACGUCGUCGACGUGAUUCUGCCUUUGCUCUGUUCCUACUUGCCGUUUUGGUGGGCACAAGGACCCGACAACGUGAAUCCGACCGAGGGUACCUACGUCAGCAUGGUCACCAGCGACCACAUGAAUCAAUUAUUGAAAAACGUGUUGAAGCUCAUCAAGAAGAACAUCGGCAACGAAAACGCACCGUGGAUGACGCGCAUUGCCGCCUACACGCAACAAAUUAUCAUCAACUCGUCCGAGGAGCUGCUGAAAGAUCCGUUCUUGCCUCUCGCCGAACGCGUCAGAAAACGAACGGAUACAAUGUUUCACAAGGAGGAAUCUCUUCGAGGCUUCAUCAAAUCUUCGACCGACGACACAUCGCAGGUCGAGGCGCAGAUACAGGAGGAUUGGCAGUUACUGGUUCGCGACAUCUAUUCGUUCUAUCCUCUGCUGAUAAAAUACGUCGAUCUCCAGAAGAAUCACUGGCUGAGGAACAAUAUUCCCGAGGCCGAAGACUUGUACAAUCACGUAGCAGCUAUAUUUAAUAUUUGGUCGAAGUCGCAGUACUUCUUGCGUGAGGAGCAGAACUUUAUAUCCACAAACGAGAUCGAUAACAUGGUACUCAUCAUGCCCACUGCAACCAGGAGACCUACUACAGUGUCUGACGGCACCGCGCCUUCUGGAGGAGGCAAAAAAAAGAAAAAGCACCGUGACAAGAAGAGAGACAAGGACAAGGAGGUGCAAGCUUCCUUGAUGGUCGCCUGCCUGAAACGAUUGCUACCAGUUGGCCUGAAUCUGUUCGCCGGUCGCGAACAGGAACUGGUCCAGCAUUGCAAGGAUAGGUUCCUGAAGAAAAUGCCGGAAUACGAGAUCGCGGAAUUCGCGAAAACGCAGCUGACCCUACCGGACAAGAUCGAUCCCGCCGACGAAAUGUCGUGGCAGCAUUAUCUGUACUCGCAAUUGGGCCAAAAGAAGGACGCGAUAGAGCCCGUGAAGACUCAGCUGGAAGAUGUUGUCGCUAGGAUCACCGACAUGGCCAAAGUCUUGUACGGUUUACACAUGAUAGAUCAUCCACAACAGCAGAGCAAGAGUCAGUACCGAUCCGUGGUGUCGAUCCAACGUAAACGAGCGGUAAUCGCUUGCUUCCGUCAAACUUCCCUACAUUCCUUGCCCAGACACCGAGCAAUAAACAUUUUUGCGCGAACGUAUUACGAACUGUGGCUACAGGAUGAAAACGUAGGUCAAGAAGUUAUGAUCGAAGAUCUUACGCAAUCAUUCGAGGAUGCUGAAUUGAAGAAAAUGGACAAAGCCGAGGACGAAAGCAAGCCUGAUCCAUUGACGCAAUUAGUGACGACCUUCUGUCGCGGUGCCAUGACGGAACGAUCAGGCGCUCUUCAGGAAGAUCCGCUUUACAUGAGUUACGCUCAGAUCAUUUCGAAAUCCUGCGGAGAAGAGGAGGAAGAAGGUGAAGAAGAAGGCGGAGGCGAGGAAGAGGGCGGAGCUUCAAUCCACAGGCCCAUGCAUAAAUUAAUGGAGCAAGAAAUGGAAAAACAGAAGUUGUUAUUCCACCAAGCUCGCCUAGCGAAUCGCGGUGUCGCGGAGAUGGUUCUCCUACACAUAUCAGCGUGCAAGGGUGUUCCCAGUGAGAUGGUGAUGAAGACCCUGGAACUUGGAAUUUCGAUUCUACGUGGCGGCAAUAUCGAGAUUCAGCGAGGGAUGCUGAACCACUUGAAGGAGAAGAAAGACGUCGGCUUCUUCACGUCUAUCGCGGGUCUAAUGAAUUCUUGCAGCGUGUUGGAUUUGGACGCUUUCGAGAGGAAUACAAAGGCCGAGGGUCUCGGUGUCGGUUCCGAGGGUGCGGCAGGCGAGAAGAACAUGCACGACGCCGAGUUCACCUGCGCUCUAUUUCGCUUCAUUCAACUAACUUGCGAGGGUCACAAUCUCGAUUGGCAGAAUUAUCUCAGAACACAGGCUGGUAACACGACGACGGUGAACGUUGUCAUCUGCACUGUCGAUUACCUACUGCGACUGCAAGAAUCAAUCAUGGAUUUUUACUGGCACUACUCGAGCAAGGAACUCAUUGAUCCCGCCGGUAAAGCGAACUUCUUCAAAGCGAUCGGCGUCGCUAGUCAAGUUUUCAACACGCUCACUGAGGUCAUCCAGGGACCGUGCGUGCAGAAUCAGCAAGCCUUGGCGCACUCGAGAUUGUGGGACGCGGUUGGAGGUUUCCUCUUUCUAUUCUCGCAUAUGCAAGACAAGUUAUCAAAGCACUCCAGCCAGGUGGAUCUUCUGAAGGAAUUACUAAACUUACAGAAAGAUAUGAUCACCAUGAUGCUUUCCAUGCUUGAAGGUAACGUCGUAAACGGAACGAUCGGAAAGCAGAUGGUGGACACUUUGGUCGAAUCGGCUGGCAAUGUGGAAUUGAUUCUGAAGUAUUUCGACAUGUUCCUGAAGCUGAAGGCCCUCGUAUCGUCGCCGAGUUUCUUGGAAGUCGAUCUUAACAACGACGGUUGGGUGUAUCCCAAGGAUUUCAAAGAUAAGAUGGAACAGCAAAAGAGUUACACCAACGAGGAGAUCGAAUUUCUUCUGGCCUGCUGCGAGACGAAUCACGACGGCAAGAUCGAUUACGUUGCGUUCAUGGAUCGCUUCCACGAGCCCGCCAAGGAGAUCGGUUUCAACCUGGCUGUGUUGCUCACCAAUUUGUCCGAGCACAUGCCGAACGAACCGAGAUUAGCCAGAUUCCUGGAGACAGCCGGCUCCGUCCUCAACUAUUUCGAACCGUUCUUAGGCAGGAUCGAGAUUCUCGGCGGUAAUAAAAAGAUCGAGCGCGUGUACUUUGAGAUUAAAGAAUCGAACAUAGAGCAGUGGGAGAAGCCGCAGAUCAAGGAAUCCAAGAAGACAUACUUCUACAACACGGUGGUGGAGGCCGGCGAGAAGGAGAAACUUGAAACCUUCAUCAACUUCUGCGAGGACGCGAUUUUCGAGAUGCAGCACGCGAGCGCGUUAAUGACCGUCGAGGAAAGCGGCGGAAUCGGCAAAGCGCGGGAAUCUUCUUACACGUACAUGACUGACGACGACGAGGAAAGGAACAAAGAUCCGAUCAGGCGCGGUAUACAGGCAUUCAAGGACGGCGUUUAUUAUUUCUUCUACAUGUUCUCGCCGACCAACAUCAAAAACAAGAUCGCCGAGAUGCAACAGAUGACGAUUCCCGAGCUUUUCAUCGGCUUCUUCAAAAUGAUCUUCUACGCGUUCUACUAUUCCGGCUUCGGCGUCGGGAUCGUAAUCCAGUACUUUAUGAGGCUUUUACUGACGCUGAUGAGAGGACCGCACCUGGAGGAGCCUGUCGUCGUCAAGGAGGAAGAGGAGAAACCGUCUAGACACUUACCGGCUUUGCCACCGACGCCGGAUGAAUCGAAUCUACAGGUACAAGCCUUCGGAAUGGAUAUAACAAAAGAGGAAGGUGGACAGAUAAAGAUAGCGCCGCACGAAUCAAGUACGUCUACGCCGCAAUCUAGUAUCGAGGAAACAGGUGAGAGUACACCCGACGAGGGUACCGGCGAGGAAGGAAUAAGAGCGGAAGGAGGAGAAGGCGAAGCACCUGUCACUUUGGCCGACUUGCUUGGUGGAGAACAGGCUAGGGCUCAAGCCGCAGCAGCAGCUGAAGCAGCGGCAGCUCAACAAGCGGCCAUGGCAGCGGUCGAAGCCGAAGCUAAACAAGAAACCUCGACCGAACCUUCUUCAAGUUCGAGCAUCGAUCUGUCGCAGUAUAGUCAUCGCGUGGUAUCCUUCCUGGCAAGAAAUUUCUACAAUCUGAAAUAUGUGGCGUUGGUCCUCGCAUUCUGCAUCAAUUUCAUGCUGCUCUUCUAUAAGGUUUCAUCUUUGGCUGAAGAUUCGGAUGAUGAAGGUAGCGGACGAAUGGCUGAUUUGUUAACGGAAAUGUCGGGCGAAGGUCCAUCAGGGUUGGCAGGUAGCGGCGUGGAACUCGGCAGUGGUAGCGGUGAAAAUGGUUCGGAAGAGGAAGACGAGGAAGUUCAAGAAUUUGUGGAAGUGGCCGAGGAUUACUAUUACAUGGCUCACGUUAUGAGGCUAUUGGCUGCCCUUCAUUCUAUCGUUUCGUUGGCUAUGUUGGUCGCGUAUUAUCACUUAAAGGUACCAUUGGCUAUAUUCAAACGAGAAAAGGAAGUCGCACGACGAGUAGAGUUUGACGGAUUGUAUAUAGCCGAGACGCCAGAGGAAGAUGACAUUAAGGCGCACUGGGACAAAAUGGUAAUAUCAGCAAAAACGUUUCCCGUGAACUACUGGGACAAGUUCGUCAAAAAGAAGGUCCGACAAAAGUAUAGCGAGACGUACGAUUUUGAUUACAUCAGCACUUUGCUUGGAAUGGAGAAGACUUCUUUCAGCCAACAGGAGGACGAAGGAUCUGGCUUAAUACAUUUCAUUGUAAAUAUCGAUUGGCGAUACCAAAUCUGGAAGGCGGGCGUCACCAUCACAGAUAAUGCAUUCUUAUAUAGCUUGUGGUACUUUACAUUUUCGAUCCUCGGUAACUACAACAACUUCUUCUUUGCCGCUCAUCUGCUGGACGUCGCGGUCGGUUUCAAGACAUUAAGAACGAUCUUGCAAUCAGUAACGCACAACGGCAAGCAGCUCGUAUUAACAGUAAUGCUGCUGACUAUCGUGGUAUACAUCUACACCGUGAUAGCUUUCAACUUCUUCAGAAAGUUCUAUAUACAAGAGGAGGAUGACGAAACGGACAAGAAGUGUCAUCAUAUGUUAACGUGCUUCGUUUUCCACCUGUACAAAGGCGUGAGAGCCGGCGGCGGCAUAGGCGACGAGAUCGGCGAACCGGAUGGCGACGAUUACGAGGUUUAUCGUAUAAUGUUCGACAUCACUUUUUUCUUCUUCGUGAUCGUCAUCCUGCUGGCUAUUAUUCAGGGUCUGAUCAUCGAUGCGUUCGGUGAGCUUCGAGACCAGCUCGACAACGUGAAGACGAAUAUGGAGAGUAAUUGCUUUAUAUGCGGCUUGGGGAAGGAAUAUUUCGACGCGGUGCCACACGGGUUCGAUACUCACGUCCAGCAGGAGCAUAAUCUAGCGAAUUACAUGUUCUUCCUUAUGCACCUGAUUAACAAACCGGACACCGAGUACACCGGUCAGGAGACCUACGUGUGGAAUAUGUAUCAACAGAGGUGUUGGGACUUCUUCCCGGUGGGCGAUUGCUUCCGCAAGCAGAACGAGACGGUGGAAGAGGAGGCCAAGAAGAAAUAAGAUUAAUCUUGUUUCUAAUUAAGAUGACCAAAUCGAUUUUACUUGCGAUAAGAACUCGAGCGGCUUCUUCGAUAAUAAUUCUUAGCAUCAAUUCUUGCUCACCGAAUCGCGGACGCGACGUCCCUGCGCGCGCGUUAAAAAUCAAAUUACACGAAUCUCUCACGUUGUGUAACGACGAAGAGAGAUUUUUACCUCAUACACUUGCGUCUUCGUUUCCUAUUUGACAGUUUAUCGUUAUUCCGACUAACUAAUAAAUCGAGUUUCCGGCGUGUGAGUCCAGUGCAUUGCGUUACGUACUGCGGUGACGGUGUUGGAUGCCCCUGACGUCCUACUGAGCGCAUACGUACCUCCGUGAAUGCACCUGGUAAUUAGUGAAGUCGAAAAUAUUUUUUCAACUUUGUAAGAAUGACUCGUGCGGUAGCACCGCGCGAGAUCGGGAAUUUUUCCUUUAUAGAUAGGCAAUCGAUCGAGGGUUGACGAAAGCACGACUCCCUUCGACUCCCAGCGGUACGUUGUCGCCGAAAAUUCGACGGAAAAGCGCGGCAGCGACGGAACCGACUGCACAAAUUAACAUAUUCAUAGCGUUUACAAUUGCCUUCUUUUCGUAUGCCGGGUGAUCUACACUUGUGCGUAAUUAUGCGCUGCGUAAUCGUAGCGACGACAAGUUUGAGAUACGUGACAUAUAGUAUAAGUAAGUUAAAGAUGUUUAAAGUUUAUAUGAUAAAACGUAUUAAAUCUCUGACCGCUGCGCGGGAGCGCGAACCUUUUGGAAAUUAUUUAUGACUGAGCUCACAUUAUAUCCAAGAAAAGAAAAUGUCAAUAUAUUGUAAAUAAAACUCUACGACAGGACUACCUGGUAAGAAAGAC